GCCGGGCCAGAGAACCACAUUUCCCAAAAUCCCACCGGUGGAAAUCGCCAAGCGAGGCGCCUUUAUGAAUUCUCGCCGGCGGGUAUUCGAACUCUAACCCGGCUGGGGCAGCAAGUGCGACUGUUCAGCCUGGUCCACGGGCGGGAAGCGCUCAUGGAGCCAGCAGCGAUGGCGCCGCGCUUGGAGGAGCUGAAGCGGCAGGCGGGCGAGUGCAUCGAGGCGGCGGCGGCGGCGCUGGGCGAGCUGAGCCGGGUGAUCUGGAGCCGGCCGGAGCUGGCCUACGAGGAGCGCCAGGCCCACGCCUCCCUGACGCGCUUCUUCGCCAGCCGCGCGGCGUGGUCGGUGCAGCCGGGCUACCAGCUGGAGACGGCCUUCCGCGCCGACUGGGCCUGGGCGCCCCCCGACCACCCCCGGGCCCCCCUCCGCCUGGGCUUCCUGUGCGAGUACGACGCCCUGCCCGGCAUCGGCCACGCCUGCGGCCACAACCUGAUCGCCGAGGUGGGCGCCGCCGCCGCCCUGGGCCUGAAGGGCGCCCUCGAGAGCCUGGCCGCGCGCCCCCCAGGAGGGACCCUCCGCGCCCCCGCCGUCAAGAUUACGGUUCUAGGGACUCCAGCAGAAGAAGGGGGAGGAGGCAAAGUGAAGCUGAUUGAAACUGGUGCUUUUGACAACCUGGACAUUGUGUUCAUGGCUCACCCUUUUCAGAAUGAUGUGCCCUAUAAGCCUUCUUUGGCAAAUCAUCAUGUCAGUGUGAAGUACUAUGGAAAAGCUUCUCAUGCUGCUGCAUAUCCUUGGGGAGGAAUAAAUGCUUUAGAUGCUGCUGUUCUUGCAUAUAACAGUCUGUCAGUAUUAAGACAGCAAAUGAAACCAGCUUGGAGAGUCCAUGGUGUUAUAAAACAAGGUGGUGAGAUAGCAAAUAUUAUACCUUCACGAACAGAGCUAGAUUUUUUCGUUCGCACCCCUCUGCUGAAGGACCUACCUGUUCUGGCAGAUAAAGCUGAAAGCUGUUUCAGAGCGGCAGCACUGGCCACAGGUUGCCAAAUAGAAUUAAAAAGCGUAUGUCCAGAUUAUUACAAUGUGCUUCCAAAUAAAAGCCUGCAACAAGCUUAUAGGGAAAAUGGAAAAAGCCUUGGAAUGGAAUUUUUGGACAAAGCCAUCUCGUCUAAUUUUUCAGGAUCUACAGACUUUGGAAAUGUUUCUCAUGUUGUUCCUGGAAUUCAUGCUUAUUUUUAUAUUGGUUCUGAUGCUCUAAAUCACACUGAACAGUUCACAGAGGCUGCAGGGUCCAAAGAAGCACAACAGUAUGCUUUGCGCACCGCUAAAGCUUUGGCGAUGACUGCGUUAGAUGUUAUCUUUAGACCAGGCCUGCUGGAAAGAGUGAGAGAAGACUUCAGACAAGCCAAGCAAGAUGAGCAGGAGCACUACAGUGCAAAAGAGGAAGCUGUGCCUUUGGGAUAGUGAGAAGACUUGUCAUCAAGCCAACACUGGCUAUUGGACUGUGUUUGGUCCAUGCUGAAAUGAUGAAUUCUGCAAGCCUGUUUUAAUUAUGGAAUACAUACAAUGAAAUAAUUUGUCAGACAUAAUUUUGCACUUUUUGCAGAAUUCAGGGUGGGCACAGAGUUUUGUUUGGCAACAAAGUUCCCUUCCCGUUUUCUUACUAUUGGAAAUCCUAUUCCAGAUCUUUGAGAUUUCAGCAAGCCUAAGUCACCAAUUUUUCAAGCAUAUCUUGAUCAUAAACGUGCUGCCCGAAAUGUUAUAACCUUAGGAAACUAAAUCACACACGUAUUCAGGCCUUUUUUGCAUUCUGUAAGACUGCAGGGUGGUUAUAGCAGUUUCAGACCACUUUUCUAUUCACCUCUUUCCCCUUAGGGGUCCAUGCCACAAUUGCACUUGUCAUGCAGAAAUGUCUUGUGCCCUCAACAAGCGUGGUGCGUGGGCCAACAACUGGUCUUUUUCAGUUGUAACCUUUUCUGUUUAGAAUGAGCUUCUAGGGGAGACCAGCCCCAGUUCCAUUAUUACAAGCCGUCAGUGAACUAACCCGUUCUUGCUCCAGUGUUUAAUGAUUUGAGUAUUAUCACAGUACUGUUGCACUUGUAUUGCAUAGACUGUAAACUGCACACAGAGAUUUGGAUUUCAUGUACAAAUGAUGUUCAAAGUCCAAGCUGGAAAUGAGCAGACACCUUCCAUGAGUUCAUUGACAUGAUUUAUAUUUAAAUAUUGCACAAGAAGAGUGCUGAGGUAUUCUUUUCAGCUGUUUUAAUUAAAUAAAUAAAAUAUGUAAAUUUAA